AUGGCCUUGCAUUUUACAUGGGUGUUCGGUUUUGGUCUUUUAGGCAACAUCAUCUCCUGUUUGGUCUGCCUUGCUCCUUUGCCAACUUUUUAUCAAAUCUGCAAGAAGAAAACAAGCCAAGGGUUUCAAUCUAUCCCAUAUGUGAUUGCACUAUUCAGUGCAAUGCUUUGGCUGUUCUAUGCAACUUUUAGUGAGAAUGCCAUGCUUCUUAUCACCAUUAAUUCCUUCGCCUUUUUCAUGGAGAUCGGCUAUAUUGCUGUCUACCUUUUCUACGCCACCAAGGAGGACAAAAUUCUGACUUUCAAGCUUCUCCUGUUGUUCAAUAUUUUCGGGUUCGGUCUCAUCUGUGCACUAAGUCUCUUACUAACAGAAGGCACUAAACGUGUCAAAGUUCUAGGAUGGAUUUGCAUGGUAUUUGCUCUCUGUGUUUUUGUCGCACCUCUUGGCGUUGUGAGAAAAGUUAUAAGAACAAAGAGCGUGGAAUUCAUGCCUUUUUCUUUGUCUUUCUUCCUCACUCUGAGUGCAGUGAUGUGGUUCUUUUAUGGUUAUCUAAAGAAAGACAAGUUUGUUGCUAUUCCGAACAUCUUGGGGUUCAUUUUCGGUAUCCUCCAGAUGGUGCUUUAUCUAAUCUAUAGGAACCCCAAGAAAAAUGAGGUGGCGGAGCCAAAAACUCAAGAAUUGUCUGAACAAUAUUGCUCCGACAUAAACAUUGCUAUGCCAAAGCUGAAUGAGGGUGGUGGAAAUGAGGUGUUUGAAGCUCAUUCUGCAAAGGAUCAAACCAAGGAGGCCAUGGAUGUCACGAACAAAGUUUAA